AUGUCCACCUUUAUGGAAGACGAAAAUACGAUUUACAUCAAAUCACAAUGCCAUUGCGGAAUAGGCAGUUUCCAGGUUGCAUUUGCGAAAUCUCGCAUACCAGUCACCAACUUCCUUUGCCACUGCGAUAUCUGCCGCCAUGUCUCAGGUGAAAUGGCCUUUUAUUUUUUGCCCAUAGAAGGGCCCCCUAUUGGUGGGCCAUAUGCUAUGCAACCCAUCGACCCGAGUAAAGACUCCAGUCUCACCGAGUACCGAACUUCUGCGAGCACGGCGUGGUACUUUUGCCACAAUUGUUCUGCCCAUCUGUUUUUGUUGACGAGGGACUCGGAGUGGUUUGUUUCAGGCGGAUCUUUGAGGCAGGCAGAAGGGUUAACGGAAUUGUAUUGCCAUAUCAAUGUCGCCGACACAAUGGACGGUGGCCUGGCAGAUCAGAUUCAAGUCGUCGAUGGCAAAGUCCUCCCGCGAUACUCGAAGCGCGUAGGCAGCGAGCAAAUCCCCCUUGGCUGGCGCUCCGACAAACUUCAAAGCCGCACGGAUUCAUCGCGUACCUCGCAGAAAAUGCGUGCCUACUGCCACUGUGGUGCAAUUGACAUAUAUGUAACCCGCCCGAACGAGCUAUCGGCACAGCCGUAUGCACCUUACCCAGACAUCCUGUACCCGCUCCCGCAGACACGUUUGUCGACAAUCCGUAACAAAAGUGACGUCAAGUGGUGGCUUGACCCGCCGGUGCGCAAGAAUUCGAUAGGGAUGCUCGUUCCUGCGAGCGUCCGUCCCUCUCCUGGAGGUAGCCGCGAAGUCGGAUCUCGCUCUGGUUCCGGCAGCAAUUUACCUGCUCAGAUUUCUACUUUGGGAGAAGCACAACCUGCUGUGCAUUCACGUACUCGAUUCCUGGCGGGGCAUUGUGUCUGUUCACAUUGUCGACAAGGUUGUGGAUUCGACAUCCAGAGCUGGAUGUUUGUCUCUCGCACAAACGUUUUUGAAAAAGGGUCCGACAAACCUAUCGUAGUGUCCAAGGAGGAAGAACGACCCAAGGGCCUGAAGCAAUACCUUUCUAGCCCUGGACGUUAUCAUGAAUUCUGUGGAACAUGCGGCGCGACUGCAUUCUGGUGGCAGGCUGGGCGUCCCGACGUUAUCGACGUCUCGGUGGGAUUGUUGGACCAGUCCAUCGAUGGCGUUCGUGCAGAGAAUUGGCUGAAAUGGCAUAAAGACCGACUGAGCUAUGUCGAAAACUCGGCUAAGAACAAUUUUGUACAAGGGUUGAAGGAUGGGAUGGCUAAACUCCAGGACUCAUUCGAUGCGGCUACUCCUCUCCCUACGACUCCACUGCCCAAGGAUUGA